AUGCUCAUCAGGGCUGUCAGCGAUACUCCGAGCUCCCGUCAGCUCUGUGCAGACCAGAGCCUCAAACCGAGGCGGCCGCGGGGAUCGCGCCCCCAACCCCUGGUCCGAGGGGCACCUGGCCGGGCCGGCGCUGCCCUGGCCGUCCCACAUGGCACGACGUCGAGUCGCGACUCGGUCCGCGCCGCCCCCGCCCGGGUCUCCCCGCGCUGCCAACCCGCUUCGAACCACCGCGGUACCUGGCGCAGGAGCGUGGCCCCGGCUCGGCGAAGCGCAGGAGGGACACCGUCCACUGGGUGCGGGGAAGGCUUCUGCCGUGGACGCGCGCGCCCGGCGGCCCCCGCCCGAAACCGCUCGGCCGCCCCCGCCGGAACGCUGAGGCCCGCGGCGCGACGCAGCAGGUGGCCGUUGGCCUCGCCACAGUCCGGGGCCGGGGCCGGGGAGCGGGGCACGGGCGCGACCCUCGCGGGGACGGCCCUCAGCCUGCUUCGGCGCGCGCUCCCAGAUACUGGCGCGCCGGCUCCGCUCGGCUCCUCUCGGCUCGGCGGGGGCGGACGCCGCGCCGCUCCGCUCCGCUCGCCUGCGGCCGCGGCGCGCACCUCCCCCGCGGCUCGCCGCUCCUGCCGCCGCCGCCGCCGCCGCAGUCGCCGCCCUGCCGGCCCGCGGGCCGAGUCGCGGCCGACAGCUGGUGGGGGAAGACACCGACGGGCCUUCGCUGUCCCCGUGCGCCCGGCCAGGACCACUCGCCACCCUGAAGCUGCUCCCGCCGCCCCGCUUCGGCCGGCCAGCCAGCUCAGACGCGCUGUCGGGGCUCCUGGGCAGCCCACCUCUACCUUGGCGAGGCCGGGGUCCACCAGCGACCCCGACGGGCCUGAAGGACAAGGCGUCCACGCCCCGGCGCCCCUGCGCGCCUUCGAGGAGAGAGAUUCGGCCCGACUCGAACCUCAACCUUCCAGACAGGCUCGUCUAUUUAAGAAGACCGUCUUAGGAAACUUACUGGCCUCGGGUGGUCGCUCAGCUCAUCAACUGGAGAGCCCGCAGGGAAGCCGUGGUGGGCUGAUUGCACAGCCCAGGACCAUGUGCCCCAAGAGCAGGGAGCUUUUCCCGCAAGGAGGGAAGAUGAACGUGAACUGUGUCCCUGCAGAGACAGAGGCCACCAGAGCUUACACGCGAGAAAAUUUCACGCUCCAGCUAGAAGAGAUUAAAGCUAAUGUCAGGGAGGGUUACCCGAUGUCCAAUUAUCAGCGACGUUGGCGGUGUUAUGUGGGGACCACCCAGAAUCUGCACCACAUCCUAGGACGGUGGGUCUGAUGAUUUCUCACUGCAGACAACUGAGGACAGGGAGAAACCAACAUCUGCACAACUAUCUGCAGCAGAGCCAGGGUAGAACCCUGGAAGGGGCUCUCUCCACCUCUGGCUUUAAGCAGGAUCAAAAUCCCAAAUAGAAGAAUCUGAGGCAUGGAAAAAGGGCUAAAGACAGAUCCCAUUUACUUGAGCAUAUAAAGAGAAGUUUCCUUUAAAAUUUUUAAAUAUCCAUUUGGCACAAGCUAUUCACUGAAGAGCCCCCUUUGAUGGUUAAAAGCUUUAUAAAUUACUUGCAUGAAAGGAAUAAAUAUAUAUUGGGAAUCAGUCUAUAGCCCCCCCAAGUUAACAACCUGCAUUUGAAAUGGACAGGUGACUCCCCACUCUCAGAGACAAUGACUUUGUUCCCUGUGUGUCCUCUUUUCAAAAUCCUCAAACUAAACUGAACUACAAGCAAAUCUACACACCCUUCUCUCACCUUGAGCCUCUACUUCUUGCUAUUCAAAAUCACAUUUUGUUGUUGUUGUUGUAACUGCUAAAUAUUUAUUGACUCUCUAAGUCACCUUUUCACCUAAGAAUUUUAUUUGUUCC